UAAUGCACGCGAUGAACGGAGUUGAUGUUGUAUGGUGAUGAACUGUAGAAUGAAACAGCCCUGGACGCAACACUUCUAACGAAUCCAGCAUCUAAAUAUAAACUGCAGAAUGAGAAGCUCAUCCAUGUAACUUGUUUUAGCGAAUGUGUAAUAACAAACCUAGUGACGGAAUGUACUUUAUUUUCUUAUGUUUUCUCCCUGUAUUCUAAAGGGGAGGGUAGCUGAUAACUAGAGGGCGGUGGCAUUCGCUCUGCGUGCACGGAGCUGCGCGAGUCAGUGCUUUGACUCAAGUCCUGGGACCCCUGAACCCAUUGGUUUCCCCCCCAUAUUCUUUCUCUUUCUACAUUAUCCUCUGAACUGACUGUUAUUAUAACGGACAACAACCACCUCGACUGCAUCUGGACCACAACUGCUAUUUUACGAACAGUGGGUUUCAUCAGCAAGGUGUUUGUUUUACUCUACCUAUAAUGGGGAAAAGUGGACAGUCUGCGAAAACUGGAAUAGGACUUGCGAGGCACUUUCUGCGAAUGUGUACCAUACCUGGACUCGUUCUUCUGGUCCUCGUAAACAUUGGAGUCGCACAAGUGAGAGAUGAAGAUGACUUCCUGGGGUUGGGAGAGCUGCCCGAGACCUUUCCCUCGGACCCCCCGGAGCCUCUCCCCCACUUCCUGAUGGAGCCCGAGGAGGCGUACAUCGUCAAGAACAAACCAGUCAAUCUCUAUUGCAAGGCCACGCCCGCCACUCAGAUUUACUUCAAGUGCAACAGUGAAUGGGUUCACCAGAAGGACCAUACGGUGGAGGAGAGAGUGGACGAGAACUCAGGACUGGUGGUGCGUGAGGCCAGCAUCGAGAUCUUUCGGCAGCAGGUAGACGAACUGUUUGGGCCAGAGGACUUCUGGUGUCAGUGUGUAGCCUGGAGCUCUGCAGGAACCACCAAGAGUCGUAAAGCCCACGUACGCAUCGCAUAUCUCAGGAAAACAUUUGACCAGGAGCCACUGGGGAAGGAGGUGUCACUGGAACAGGAAGUGCUUCUCCAGUGCCGCCCACCCGAGGGCAUACCUGCUGCAGAGGUUGAGUGGUUGAAGAACGAGGAGAUCAUUGACCCGGCUGAUGACCGUAAUUUCUACAUCACCAUCGACCACAACCUGAUUAUAAAGCAGGCCAGACUGUCGGACACAGCCAACUAUACGUGCGUGGCCAGGAACAUUGUUGCCAAGAGGAGAAGUACCACUGCUACUGUUAUUGUCUAUGUGAACGGCGGCUGGUCGACAUGGACAGAGUGGUCCGUGUGUAACAGUCGCUGUGGCCGCGGUUACCAAAAGCGUACCCGCAGCUGUACCAAUCCCGCCCCGCUCAACGGAGGAGCCCCCUGUGAUGGACAGGCAACCCAGAAGCUGGCCUGCACCUCCCUCUGCACUGUUGACGGGUUGUGGACAGAGUGGAGUAAGUGGUCUACUUGUGGUACAGAGUGCACUCACUGGCGCAGGAGAGAAUGCAAUGCCCCUGCACCCAAAAAUGGAGGCAAGGACUGCGAGGGUAUGGUCCUACAGUCCCAGAACUGUACUGACGGACUCUGCAUGCAGAGUUCAUUAUAUCAGCUGUCCACUGAGCCUAAUGCCGACAGUGAUUUGGGAUUUUCAUCGGCCCCCAGCACAGAAAACAUGGCGCUCUACGUAGGCAUCGUCAUCGCUGUCAUAAUGUGUCUGGUCAUCUCCGUCAUCGUGGCGCUCUUCGUCUACCGGAAAACCCACCGGGACUUUGACUCUGACAUCAUCGACUCAUCAGCCCUCAACGGAGGCUUCCAGUCGGUCAAUAUAAAGACGGCGCGCUCAGCUGACUUGCUGACCGCUCCCCCGGACCUGACCAACGCUGCGGCCAUGUACCGCGGCCCCGUCUACGCCCUGCACGACGUGUCCGACAAGAUCCCCAUGACCAACUCGCCCCUUCUGGACCCCCUGCCCAACCUGAAGAUCAAGGUGUACAACUCCUCUGGCCUGGUCACUCCUUCGGAAGACCUGUCUGACUUCUCCUCCAAGCUGUCCCCUAAGGUCACCCAGUCCCUGCUGGACAGUGAGAACAUGAACCUGCGUAACCAGAGCCUGGCUCGGACCCGAGACCCCUCCUGCACCGCCGCAGGAUCCUUCAACUCCCAGGGAGGACACCUCAUUGUGCCCAACUCAGGUGUGAGCUUGCUGGUGCCAGCGGGUGCUGUUCCUCAGGGUCGUGUGUAUGAGAUGUACGUGACGGUGCACAGGAAGGACAGCAUGAGGCCACCGGUAGAGGAUGUUCAGACAGUGUUGAGCCCCGUGGUGAGCUGUGGUCCCCCAGGGGCCCUCCUGACCCGCCCAGUCAUCCUCACCAUUCAUCACUGUGCCGAGGCCGACGGAGACGACUGGCAGAUCCAGUUGAAGAACCAGCUGAAUCAGGGCCAAUGGGAGGACGUGGUAGUGGUCGGGGAGGAGAACUUCACCACACCCUGCUACAUCCAGAUGGAUGAGGAGGCAUGUCAUCUACUGACAGAGACUCUGGGGACCUACUGCCUGGUGGGCCAGUCCGUCAGCAAGGCUGCCGCCAAGCGCCUCAAACUGGCCAUCUUCGGCCCUGUGUCAAGCACCACACUGGAGUACCACAUUAGAGUCUACUGUCUGGACGACACCCAGGAUGCACUCAAGGAGGUACUUCAGAUGGAGACCCAGAUGGGAGGGAAGCUGCUGGAUGAACCAAAGACCCUGAACUUCAAGGACAGCACCCACAACCUGCGCCUCUCUGUCCACGAUGUCCCCCACGGACAGUGGAAGAGCAAGCUGCUCGCCAAGUACCAGGAGAUCCCCUUCUACCAGGUGUGGAGUGGCUGCCAGCGAACACUUCACUGCACCUUCACCCUGGAGCGCUUCAGCUCCAGCACCACAGAGCUCAGCUGUAAGCUGUGUGUCCGCCAAGUAGAAGGGGAGGGGCAGAUCUUUCAGCUCAGCAGCACUUUGUCUGAGGAUACCCAGAACAUCGACACGUCUCUCAUGGACCCGGCUAGCAACAUCACCACCCUGGUGGGGCUCAAUGCCUUCCGUAUCCCUCUCUCCAUCAGACAGAAGCUCUGUGGCAGCCUUGACGCGCCCCAGACCAGAGGAUCCAAUGACUGGAGGAUGCUCGCCCACAAACUCAACCUGGACAGGUAUCUGAACUAUUUUGCCACCAAGUCCAGUCCCACAGGGGUGAUCUUGGACCUGUGGGAGGCCCAACACUUCCCAGACGGGAACCUCAACAGACUGGCCGCCGUGCUGGAGGAGAUGGGUCGCCACGACAGCCUGGUCCCGUGACGACGGAGCACUGACACCCGAGGACCGGACCAGGGGCCAUCUGAGUGUGUCUGAGUCACGGACACCGACGGACACAAACAGACCAACGCACAGACAGACAAUGUCUUGACUGUCACCCAUGGCAAUGGGCAGGACAAAAAAAACACGUGUGGGUGGGAGAAAUUAGUGAGCAAAAAGACCUUGUUGUUGAUGUGUGAUCCGAGUCGUUCUCUUUGCUGUGAUUAUUUUGUAUUGGGGGACAACAGAAAGAAAACAAAUCCUGGAGAUCCCAUUGUUAUCCUUGGCUGUGCGUUCCUUGGUACAGUCUGCUUUUCUUUAUACAGUUUCCUAGGAAACGGUCUAUUCUGCUGUCCAUAUAUGUGGAUGAUUUCCUACUUCAGACUUUACUAACGUAUGUAGGCUACUCAGUGACUGUCGCUCAGUCAGAAUAGGGAGACAGACAGGAAGCGAAAAGGGACAAGAAUUGAAGUGGAGUCCUUGGAAUAAUGUAGUUAUGCGAUAUGGAGAACCGAAUGCAGUCCAUUUUAUCCGCACCACCAAUACUACCCAUACAUUGGUUCUGUUGAUUACAUUUAGCUUGUGUUGAUUUCCCUAAAUAUGUUUAAUCAUGAUUUUAUUUUCAGGAUUCAAGGUGUGGUGAAGAAACUCUUGUCUUGCUACCCUUUUGUCUAAUUUGUUUCGUUGUGGUUUUGUUGAUCUCUAGCGCCAUCCUGUGGCCUUUGGAAAAAUAACAACAUCUAUCUUAUAAUCGUGUCUGAACCGUGUAAAUACAUGAAUAACAAGUACAUUCUAAUGGCAUUAUACUAUUGCUUUAUUGUUAAUCAUUAUUCAUUUGUAUUGUGAUUUAUUUUCAGUUAGAGCUGUGAACUGUAGGGAGGGGGCUAGCUAACACAUUAGCUUCGUUGUUCGAAAUUGCCUAUUUUGCAGAACAACUGUGCAUUUGAGCACUGGCCGCUUUUGUUGGGGAUAAAUGUGCAGAGAAUUAUUGAGGUCAAGCAUAUCUGGGUCUUACUGAUAGAGAAUAAAGUGGGUGUGGGUGGGGACUGGAGUACGGUGAAGUUACCCCUAGACACUGAUCUUGGGUCAGUUUUGCAUUUCCCCGACUAAUGGUUAAGGUUAUGAUUGGAGGAGUCAAAGCUGUACCCAGGGGGAACGUCACCCUGGAGCGGGUGGGACUGCCUGUUUCUGCUCUUGAGUUACACCAUAUCAAACUGAUCUGAGACCAGAGCGGAGAGGCCAAUACGGUAAUAUGGAGAAAAGAUGCAAUGAAUUGUGGACAUAAAAGCCUCAGUUGCAUUAAGUUGGACUGCCUUAUUUUCCCAACUUAUACAGGUACAUAGUUGAAUAUGGCAAUGGCUAUUUGUCUUAACUAUGUUCUACAUUCUGUCCUUCAUUAUCUCCCUUGAUGUCAUUCAAAAGAGGAGUUUGAUUUUGGUGUCAAAGAAAAUAAAAAUCUUUACCAUAGAAUAACUAGUUUGGCAUGACAAUGAGUUGAUUUGAUAGCAUACAGAGAUCUGGGGACCAGGCUAUAGAAUAAAAUACAUGCAAUGACUACAUACAACAUUCAAUAUCAAUAUAGGUGUUAGAUAAUAGGUCUGUCCCACAUCGUAUUACGAUACUUACAGUAUGCAUUUCUUCGCUGUCAUAAUGCGGGGCUCAAAACAACUCUUUAGGAUGGAAGACAAAGCUGCACAUUGAGCUGUUUGUGUAGAUGUGGAAAACCUGCUCAGCUAAUAGCGUAGACAACGUUUCAGGAAGGUCAAAUAGAAGCCAAUAACAAACUGAACCGUGAAUACGUGGACUACAGGGACGCAGAGGAUCAUAGUUUGAAAAGCGCUCACACUUGCAGCCUGUUUGAAAAUGUCCACAUUGCCACAUAUGGCCACAUGUUCCACAACGCAUUAACAGGGUGAAUGAAUUAAAAAGGGAUAUUUUUUCAUGAAGAAAGAAAAGAGUGCAUGUUGACCAACAAAGUGAAAUAUACAACACAGGGAUGUUAAUGUGACAGCCUGCGUUAGAAGAUAUCAAAGUAUGUAAAUGUUUUAUGAUGUACAGAAUACCACUGUCAAAUACAUUUUUGGCUGUUUCAGUACAGUAUAUAAAAAGAGCAGUACAGUUAGAUACUAGUUUGUAUGUUUACCAGUUUGGUUUAUUUAGUUUUUGGUAAAAAGCUGUGUCUACUAUGCAAACUUGGCAUCUUUUACAAAGAAAUGAUAUUAAUAGAGCUGUGCUAGUAAGUGCAUUUUAUUUUAUUAUCUGAAUAAAAAUGAUUAAUGAUAUAAUUUGUGUUAGUGUAGUGAGGUUGUCGUCCACUCUAGUUUGGCUUCAUGACCCCGCCGCUGACUCUCCCAAAAUGCUUGCAUCUCCUCAGUUUCUGUACAAAGUGUAAGAAAGAAUUUUUAAGACUGUUAAUAAAUUAUAUUUAUAAGCAACGCUGAAAAUGA